ACCACCACCACCACCACCACCACCACCACCACCACCACCACCACCACCACCACCACCACCACCACCACCACCACCACCACCACCACCACCACCACCACCACCACCCACCACCAUUCCACCACCACCACCACCACCACCACCACCACCACCACCACCACCACCACCACCACCACCACCACCACCACCACCACCACCACCACCACCACCACCACCACCACCACCACCACCACCACCACCACCACCACCACCACCACCACCACCACCACCACCACCACCACCACCACCACCACCACCACCACCACCACCACUGCCACCACCACCACCACCACCACCACCACCACCACCACCACCACCACCACCACCACCACCACCACCACCACCACCACCACCACCACCACCACCACCACCACCACCACCGUUCCACCACCACCACCACCACCACCACCACCACCACCACCACCACCACCACCACCACCACCACCACCACCACCACCACCACCACCACCACCACCACCCACCCCACCACCACCACCACCACCACCACCACCACCACCACCACCACCACCACCACCACCACCACCACCACCACCACCACCACCACCACCCACCACACCACCACCACCUCCACCACCACCACCACCACCACCACCACCACCACCACCACCACCACCACCACCACCACCAACCACCACCACCACCACCACCACCACCACCACCACCACCACCACCACCACCACCACCACCACCACCAUUCCCACCACCACCACCACCACCACCACCACCACCACCACCACCACCCCCACCACCACCACCACCACCACCACCACCACCACCACCACCACCACCACCACCACCACCACCACCACCACCACCACCACCACCACCACCACCACCACCACCACCACCACCACCACCACCACCACCAUUCCCACCACCUUACCACCUGGCCCAUAUCACCCCCCAGGCCCAUCUUGA